GUGUGUGUCUAGCAGAAAAACCAUGCCAAGGUCCUUCCUGGUCAAAAAGGUGAAGCUUGAUGAUUUUUCAUCCGCGGAUCUCGAGAGUUCAUAUGGGCGAUCCAGGACAGACCUCAGUCUGCGGAUUCACGAUAAAGGCUACAUCAGUGACUACAUCAGCCCGUCUGUGUACGAUGGAGAAAGCGACGGAGCCAUCAAAGUGCCCUCCCCGGAGCCUCUCUAUGACGGCAUCCACAGCGACUACGGGGCCCCGGACUCGGACCAGCCCGACAGCCCGCAGUCGGAGCUCAACGGUGGCUACAUCAACGGGGACACGGCGGUGAGCGAGGGCUACACGGUGGACGCCUUCUUCAUCACGGACGGCAGGUCACGGAGGAAAGUGAUCAGCAGUCCCAGGACCAUCCAGCGCCACACGUGCAACGAGUGUGGGAAAACCUACGCCACGUCCUCCAACCUGAGCAGACACAAACAGACGCACCGCAGCCUGGACAGCAAGAUGGCCAAGAAAUGCCCCACCUGUGGCAAGGUGUACGUGUCGAUGCCCGCCAUGGCCAUGCACCUGCUGACGCAUGACCUCAAGCACAAGUGCGACAUCUGUGGCAAGGCCUUCAGCAGACCCUGGCUGCUGCAGGGCCACAUGAGGUCACACACGGGUGAGAAGCCUUUUGGCUGCGCUCACUGUGGGAAGGCGUUCGCUGACCGCUCCAACCUUCGAGCGCACAUGCAGACUCACUCGGCGUUCAAGCACUUCAAAUGCAAACGAUGCGACAAGACCUUCGCGCUCAAAUCUUAUCUGAACAAGCACUAUGAAUCCGCCUGCUUCAAAGGCGCGUUCUCGCCCAUGAGUUCCCUCGAGGCAUGACCUCCAUAUAAUCAGACAGAACAUUCAGCCCUCCAGCCCCAGGCCCCUCCCCCUUUCCCAUGACGCACCUACACUUCCAAUGGAACCCUAAUAAUAGCACAAUUUUCUCCUUGAGACUCAACGGAAGGAAUUACGGAUCUUCGCAUGCACUUAUACACCUCUCUUCCUACUCCAGUCACCUGGAUAGAAUAAACUUUCAGCGCCUAGAUAGGACAUCAUAUAUUUUGAAAACUUGAUGAAGAUGACAAUAGUGGAUUGCUC